GAGCCUCAUGAGAAAGCCUCCGUGGUGGCAGCUGGUGCAAGAAAUAGCUAACGUUCAUAGCGCCAGAGCACUAGAAGAAAUCGAUGAAGCUGUUCGCGUUCGUGAGGCGCGCUCGCCGGACAUCGGCCGCGGCGGCGAUGACAGCGGAGCCGAUUCCGGUGCCGGUGGCGCCUGUGUCCGCUGCGGAGAAGCGGCGGCGGAGGCCCUCGUCGGGGCCGUCGUCGUGGAAGCCGACGCUAGUCGCCAUCUCCGAGGACGCUGCGGUGGCCGCCGCCAAGGCCGACGCCGGAAAGGCCAAGGGCAAGGCGAAAGGGAAGCCGGGGGCUGCCAAGGCCAAGGCGAGGCCGUCGCCUCGCUCGCUCCAGCCUGACUACGACGACUUCCGGCGCUUCGGGGCGCCCACGGUGCUGCCGGCGUUCGCGCCCACGGCGUUCCUCUUCUGAGCUCAGGCGACCUCGCUGUGGUGGUGUGCCGUGAUGGCAAGUGACAACGUGGUGCUCAGGCGACCUCGCUGUGGUGGUGUGCCGUGAUGGCAAGUGACAACGUGGUGGUCUGACCAUGAACCCUCUCUGUGUUUGUGCGCCCAAUAUGAGCUCCCAAAGCUGAUGCCUCUACGAUUCCUUCUAGUGCUGGCUUCUCAUGUGAAUAUCUAUGUCUAUUAUUUCGGCUUCCAUCCAACUUGCGUUGCGCCUCUGUUUAGAUCUAUUCUUCACAAUUCUUGUCAUCCCGCAUGAUUUGGUCGGCCAGGUUCGACAGAGCCAGUUUCGGAAAAUAGGAUAGCAGGACCGGAGAAAUCCAACUGUACUCUGCAACAUUCAGGUCAUUCAUCCCUGUGAUCAGCAAAACACAGAGGGCAAAUAAAGAAGCAAAUCAUGAAAGAAUUGUACAA